CAGGUCAUUCUGGACAAAAUGACCAAUGUCCAUUCUACGGACCUACCCCCAAUACUAGGGUACAAAGGUUUUAGGGUGGAGGUAUUUCCAAACAGUGUGUUGAGACGGACUUUAGUUAUCGGGAGUUGUAAAGAACCUGAUGUUGAAAUGUUGCUAUUAGAAACCGUGCAAGAUUUACGGCCUGUAGGAGACAGUGAUACAAUUGGAGACUCUAUAAUACAUCAAGUUAGACAAGAACUACAACAUGCAACAGCGGAUGGUGGAGACAAUAUCAACAUCACAUUGCACAUAUUUUCCGGAAGGCCCGACCCUGUAUGGACCAUACAUCAGACAAACAGAAACUACCAAUCCAUUCUAGACAAAAUGACCAAUGUUCAUUCUACGGACCUACCUCCAGUACUAGGAUACAAAGGUUUUACAGUGGAUGUUAUUCGGAACAGUGUGUUGAGACGGACUUUAGUUAUCGGGAGUUGUAAAGAACCUGGCCUGGAAACGCUGUUAUUGGAAACGGUGAAAAAUUUACCUCCCAUGGGUGACACGCAUCCCAUGGGAAAAUCUUUGAUGGAAUAUGUUACCCAAAGCCUGCAAAACUGUUAAACAGCAUGAAUAUGUUAAAGGCCAAUUAUGCUCCAGAAAUGCUACAAAUUUUACUUUUUAUAAACUUUCAAAUUUUAUUAUCUUGUUACAGUUUUCAAAGUAUUACUUAUUUGCCAUAUACUUGGAAUAUCUUUUGCAAGACAAUAUUGGUAUAAUUAUAGUGAAUUAUUAUAUUGUAUGAAAGUAAAAAAAACUACUUUGUUUACAUUUUGCUACCUUUAUGACACAUUACUGCACGUUCAGCGCUUCUUUCUUUAGUUGGUUAACAUCUAAUAUGCUCUAAAUCCAUUAUUCAAAUACAUGUUUGACAUUUCUUAAGAAUUAAAAAGUAAUGAUUUCUGAGGCAUAAUGUGCCUUUAAACCAUUUUGUUGUCAUUUAUUCCUCUUAUUGCCAUAGUAAAUGUUGAGAGUUAUCAGUUUAACUCAUAAAUAGCUUAAACUUGUUUAAUUCUCAUUAUUUAUUUCGGGCCUAUGUAAGUUGAAAUAAAUAAAUUGUCAAAUAUGU